AUGAAAAGUAUAGCUCUAGGUUCUACACAUUCGAGCAGGAUCUGUAGGGGUCACUGGGUUACUAGGUUGACCUUAUCUUAUGAGGUUGAUACUAGUGGGAUAGUUCCUAUGCCUAUCUGGGAGAUGGGCAUUAUCGCUCUCGGGAAAGAGUGGGUUUUGGUUCGGGGAGUGGGGCAGCAGUGGAGGAUUCCAGAGGAUGAUAUCGUGGAGUCGAUCCAACAGGUGGAGUCGGAGGACAUCCCUAAGCCGACCUUCAUGAGACGUCAGAGGCGUAAGUACAUGAAGCCUGACCAGCCAGAGUUGACUCUACGUGACGUGAUACAGUGUCUGGUUGCUGCACAGGAAUAA